AUGUAACAACAAACCAUUCAUCUCUUAACUACCGCCCACCAGUGUCUUUAACCAGUUGACCGAAACUCUGUAUCUUAUACUUUCAAAAACAAAACUCGGCGUGUUAAUGUUCACGACCACAAACCGAACUCUGCACACAUGAAACCAGUAGGCCAGUUUCAACAACGAUGCUAAUGCAGUGCCUCUUAUUUGAAUACAAAGACCCAUACAUUUGAAAACAUAAGCAAACAGUUUUCAUCAUUUUUUUCACCCGCCAAAGUGACCCACAGUACUUAUUUCUCAAACCAAAUAACAAGUAGCAAACUAAUCAUUUUUGGAACCCCAUCCAACAAAAAAACAAUAUUCACUGUUACAUCACCGACUAUGAUUUCCUUUCUUACAAAUCAUUUUGAGAAACCCACGAACUUUACAUAUAUGUUAACCGCCUACACUAUUGGGAGAUCUAGAAGAUCGACCCAAAUCGAUCCAAGAUCAAGAUAAACAUGAAUAUAUUAGAAUACGAAACUUAUCAUUAUUUAUAUUUGCAAUAUUCCAUAUUAGUGUAGGAAUUAGGUUUAGUCAUCAUCUCUAUAUAAGCAUAUGCAAGUCAAUUAUACUUCUUCCAAUUCUAUACUCUCAUCAAUCUUUUUCAUAGUAUCAGAAGAUUCUUUGACCUAUUUUUUUUUCUUUUCUCUCUUCAAUAUCUACUACAAGAAGCAUGGCAGAUAUUACUUCUACGUUAACAUCAUCAACAACUCCUGCUAUUCUAUAGACCCAGUUUGAAGAUUUGACUUGAAGACUACGUUCUCAAGCAAUUCAUCAUCCACUUCUACAAGAGCCAACACACUACCUUACUACUCAAACAAUGGAGCUUUAUAAGGCUGUUGCUUCUUCAUUCAUAUCAAAGGAGCCGUUUGUUUCCAUUGAAGACAACAAAAGCUGUCACUUCCGGACUACUUUAUUACGCAAGCAAUUGCAGUUGCACAAGCGGCCUUAGCUUCCGCAACAUGAACAAUCGUCAUUGUUUCACAAACCAGUGUUGCUUCCUCUUCGAGUUACUACUUCUACUGCUGCGCUUCAUCAAGUCGCCACCACUACUACAUCUACUACAGCCGCUUGAUCAAAUUCUACUUCUACUCAAGCAAUCGAGCUUCAUCAAGCCGUCGCUUCUUUAGAACCGCAUUUGUUUCAUUCACGACAACAAGGCCGUCACUUCCGCACUAUUUUACUACUACAAAUCGUUGUUGCUUUCUUUUCAAGCAACCACUUCUGUUGGCGCUUUAACAGGCCACACCUACUACUACCACCAAACAAAUCGCUGCAAAGUCAACAUCAUCAAACUGUUUGUGGUGCACUUGUUUGUGCAUGGUUUCUUAGGUAGCCUUCCAUCAUAAGAAGCAUGAGCUCAUGAUGGUAUAAAGGUAUACGUACUUCAACUUAUUUGGUGACCCCAAAACAAGUGAUUUUUCUACCUCGACCUCAACUACAUUCAGGAGUUACUUCUACUACCAUACUUUGAGAUUUUGUCCAAUCUCACACGUUGGAAGAUCUAGAAGAUCGACCCAAAUCCAAGAUCAAGAUAAACAUGAAUAUAUUAGAAUAGGAAACUUAUCAUUAUCGAUAUUGUAAUAUUUCAUAUUAGUGUAGGAAUUAGGUUUAGUCAUCAUCCCUAUAUAAGCAUAUGCAUAUUGUACUCUAUUCUCGAUGAGAGUCAGUUAUACUUCUUCCAAUUCUAUACUCUCAUCAAUCUUUUUCACCCACUCCAUUUAUAUUUCAGUGUCUCCCUUAUCUCAGCUUAAUAUAGUUCCAUUUAUCUACACGUUGCUUAAUAUUAUAAAAGAUAUUUUUAACUCGGAAUGCAAAUAACAUACUCGCAACUCAUCAAGUUCCUCCUCCAGUUGUCUGUCCAUCACCUAAUCGCGAGCCAAAAUAAAAAUUAUAUAUACACAUUUAUAACUUUUAAUUGCUAAUUCAUCAAAUAAACAACAAUAGCUUUUUUUAUUGCAACACAAACAACAAUAGCUUAAAACAAAUAGUUUUACUAAAAUAACAAAUACGGGAAAAACGAAAUAUAAAAAAGCUCAAAAGGAACAAUAUUUUUCUAUAAAUAAAAAUAAUAUUUUUAAAAUAAAUUAUUAUUCUUUGUACUGAAAAUAAUAAAUUAAAAGAUGAUAUAUUAAUUUUAAACAUUUAAUUGUAGUAUAUAUUAAAUCACUUUUUCGCUUCACAGCAAAAUAGUGACGACAAGUAAAAUUACAAUUUAUAAACAAAAAUAUUUUUCAAACAAUAAAUAUUUUUUAUUAAAACAAUACAAAUAUUGCAAUAGGAAAAUAAAACUAAUUAAAAAGUAUGCAUUAAUAAAACUUAAGAACAAUAAUUCAGUGUUUAAUUAUUUUAAAAAUAUAAAUCAACAACAUAUAAAUUUAAAUUCAUAUAAUAUAUUUUGUAAAGAUGAUAAAUAUGCAUUAUAUAUAUUUAAAAAUAAUAAAAGAUUAAAUUAAACUAAGAAAACCGGGCGUAGCCACUAGUUUUUUUAAUUAUAAAAAAGGGUUAUGUACUGUGAACUUGUGAAGCAGAAUCUACGAAAACAGAAACAUUGAAUGGGGGAGUAUAGAAAUAAAUCCUGGCCGUUUCCAUUCCAAAAAUGCCGUCGUUACGCGUUUUCUUCUCUGGACGCUUUAAAAUGCUCGCUGAGAUGAAAAUGUAUGGUCAUUUCAUUCCUCCUCGGACAACUUCUCCCUACAGAGUCGCCAUCCAUCUCCGAGCGCAAUUCUCUGAAACCGAAAGCGAAAAUGGCUGAACCUGCAACGAAAGAGAAGAAGAUGAUGAUACCAGACUGGACUAAGCUCCCUAAAGAGCUGCUUCAGAUUGUCACCGAUAAAAUGAACUGUUUCGAAGUUGUUCAUGCUCGCUCCGUCAGCACCUUGUGGCGAUCCGCAUUCCCAUUUCCGGCUUCCCUGCUGCGCUCAAGUUACUCUCUCCCCACUUAUCCUGUCGAGAAGGACGGCUUGUGCUCCAUCGAGAAGAUUCCUGUCGUCCUCGUCAUUGAUGAGUCGGGUUCUGAGUUUUUCAUGGGAUUAGUAGGCGGAGAUGAUUCUGCGUAUUACAUGGAGGCUCCAUCUCCUCUUCAGUGCUCGCUAAGGGUGAAGUUGGAAAAAUCUGAUCCAACAUCGAUGAACGUGAUCGGCUCCCAGAUCUUAUCUUUAGGCCAUCAGUGCAGAAUGGUUUGUUGGGAUCCUAAAGGACUGAGAACAACAUUCCGAAACGCGGCUAUUCUUCCGCUAAACGGGGAGGGAGGAAGAGGAGAGUUCGCUGUGCUUCGUAGCUACUUGGGAACUUUGUUAGUGUUAAAAAGUGCUACAAGGAAGUGGGUGCGGCUUCCGGGAGUUCCACGCUCUUCAUGCAAUGGCUUGGUCACUUUUAGAGGAAGGUUCUAUGCUUCUUUCUCUGACAAUGACAUUUACGUUAUCCAUCCUUAUUCACUGCGAGCAGAUCGCCUGAUGCCACCUCCAAACAUGAACAACGGAAGCAAUCAUCUGAUUCCAGCUGGUGAUGAUGAGCUUUUCCUGGUUAAUAAAAGCAAACUUGCUACUGUUCCCAAAACAUUUAUAGUGAGUAGGCUGGUGGGUUUAGGAUGGGUCGAGGUCGAUGAUCUGGGAGACCGUGUGUUGUUCCUUAGAAAAGAUGCAAAUGUCUGCUUCUCGGCUAACCAGCUUCCUGAUGGUUGUGGUGUGACCGGGAACUCGAUUUUGUUCAACGCACGACCAGGCGAUGAAACCUACUUCUAUAAGUAUGGACCACCCGACGUUCCAAAAGAAAACGUGGUGGGUGAAUGGAGAAUCUCAAAAGAGAGCCGUGUGAAAUUCAUUGAUUCUCAUGAGGCUUAUGCUUUCCGGGUUGAGUUUUGAAUUCUCUGUCUUACUUUGGAUACUUGAGGACAUCUUUUGUUUUUGUUUUUGUUUUUGUUUUUGCUUUUGUUUUUGUUUUUGUUUCUCUUAGAUCAAAACAAACUUUUCCUAUGAUUUUAGGUAUUGACCUGAUGUCUGGUGAAAAAUGUUUUGCGUAUGGUCAGUCGUAUAUUCACUUCUGCGUGGCCUUUCUCUUAAUGAACUUUCAGUUUGUUCUA